UACAACAGGGUCUGUUCUGUUGUAGUACACAAGCUUGUCGGUUGUGUGAUGUGAAAGAGGUGUAUACAAGCCACAUGAAAUAAACAGCAUUUGAAUAUCUAAACUUAUAACAAGGAUGUCAGACAAAGGAGAGGUGGAUUUAACUGGCGUUAAACAGAAUACUGGUGUAUGGCUAGUGAAAGUCCCAAAGUAUUUAUCACAACAGUGGGCAAAGGCAACAGGAAAAGGAGAGGUUGGAAAGCUCCGAAUCACCAAGAAUCAAGGCAAGCCAGAGGUUUCUUUUACACUCAAUGAGGAGCUGACCACUAUAGACAGUAUGGGGGAGAAAUCCUCUAUGGUGCGAGCUCCCAGAGAACAUCCAUUUACUCUACAGACUGUUGGUGGACUGGCUGUCUUUACAGAAAGUUUUUCAGGGCAGUCAGAUGCUGAGGCCAGCGGCCCAGGUACAGGCCCAGACAAAAUUGCACUGGAAGGAAUGGUUGUACAGAGAGCUGAAUGCAGACCAGCAGUAAGUGACAACUACAUGAAGCUUAAGAGGUUGCAGAUUGAGGAGUUAUCCAAACCCCUGAGAUUUUCUCAACAACUCGACAAGGCUGUUACCACCAAUUACAAACCUGUGGCUAAUCAUGCAUAUAAUCUGGACUAUGAAAAGAAAAAGAAAGAAGAAGGAAAGAGGGCACGAGCAGAUAAACAGCAGGUGUUGGACAUGCUGUUCUCCGCCUUUGAGAAGCAUCAGUAUUACAACAUUAAAGAUCUGGUGGACAUCACAAAACAGCCUGUGAUUUAUUUAAAGGAGAUUCUUCGGGACAUUGGCAUCUACAAUGUCAAAGGCACCCACAAAAACACUUGGGAGCUCAAACCGGAAUACAGACACUAUCAAAAUGAAGAAAAGAGUGACUGAUCUUAUCAUAGUACAGUAUAGGGCCAUGAACCCAUUCAUUGGACUCAGUGGUUAUCAAAACCUGUUUUAAAUACCAACCAUUAACUUGUCCAAUAAGUACAAAAGGAUAUUGUUUCCGAAUAAUUUCAAGAAUAUGUCAUGGUUUGAUUUUAGAGAUAUCUUUGUGGAGUUUAAUAAUGCUAAGGAGCUUUUUUACGACUUGAUAAACUGGGGGAUUCACGUGUACAAUUUAGCCCUAGCUGAGACUAAAUUGUAUUUAUCUCAGCUUAGGUUUUUAAUGUAUAAAAAGUGAUGUUAUAACAAUACAUUACCAACGUUUUAAAAAUUAUUUUCUGUUUAAAAGAAACAAGUUUUCUCUUGACUGAACGUGUUUGUAAUAAAGUUUUUGUACAAAGA